UCCGUUAGCCACGUAUAUUUAUUACGUGUAAGGUCGCAGUAUGGACCAUUAAAGCAUACACACCGUCAACGUCAACGCCUCCGUUAGCCACGUACAUUUAUUACGUGUAAGGUCGCAGUAUGGACCAUUAAAGCAUACACACCGUCACCGUCCCCAUUUCCUGCUCGCUCAUCGAUUGUGGCCGUCGUAUUGGCUCGCAAUGCACUUCCUUCACGCCCUGGUCGCAGUAUGGACCAUUAAAGCAUACACACCGUCAACGUCAACGCCUCCGUUAGCCACGUACAUUUAUUACGUGUAAGGUCGCAGUAUGGACCAUCAAAGCAUACACACAGUCAAUGUCAACGCCUCCGUUAGUCACGUAUAUUUAUUACGUGUAAGGUCGCAGUGUGGACCAUCAAAGCAUACACACCGUCAACCGCUGGUCGCAGUAUGGACCAUUAAGUAUACGCAACGUCAACCGCUGGUCGUAGUAUGGACCAUUAAAGCAUACGCAACGCAUUCUCUCACUACUUCUGCACUCAUCAUCACGGAAAUGGCGUGUACCUGUAAACCGUGGCUCACGUCCCUUUGUCUCUCCAAGCAAUUGCCUCAGUAUUUUUCCUUCUUCCAGCAAUGCCUCGGUUUCUCCAGCGAUGUCUCAAAGCGCUUUGUCUCCAGCAACGUUGCUCAAGCUACAUGCGAUCAACUAAGUUCCCUGAUCUUGAACUGGACGAUUAUUUCACAAUGUCUUCGCACUGCCAAACCAGAGCUGUAUGGAACGCUACGCCUUCUUAUGCAUCAUCCUCCUUUCUCCGCAACGAUUUUGUCUGCGCUACGCUACACGCUUGCACGCAUCAUCAUCGACCCUCCGCAGCGACGUUGUCAUCUCACCUGCACUGUAGCGUCAUGCCUCGGCAUCGCCUAUCUCAACGUCAAGUCAAAGCAACACUGCAUCUUGCACCGCUUCCCAUCUUGUCUUCGUCGUCGUCCGGAACGCUCUGCAUGUAACUCUCGCACAGAGAGGAUACAGAACCAGUGGAAGUGUUGUGCGCUGGAAAUUCUGAGCGUGCGACGCCGCCGAUGCUUGCACUACAAAGUGCCAGCACAGCAAUUCCGUAGUAACAACAACAGUAACAACACCCUUUAAUACGUUCAUGUCUUAGCAGUUCAAGCCCUGUUCAUCGGGCAUUCGCCAUGCAUUCGCUAUUGCUUCACAAAAGGGUGCCUCCCACCCAAUGAGUGCGUCAGUGGCGGAGAGGAAUG